AUGAAGCCCCCUACCACUGAACACCGUGGGCUCGAUCUUCCCAAAAAACGAGGCCGCCGACCUGCCGAGCCCACUGCUGAGCCCCUACCUCUCCAGCCCCCCGUCAAGAGAGCCAGGGGAAGGCCGAGGUCGGUUGACUCUGCGUUGGCUAACGCUGCGGCUGCGGCGGCAGCGGCUGCCGGUGCCGCUGCUGGCCCGCCGCUGCCCAAGAAACGCGGUCGCCCACCAAAGAUUAGGCCGCCCGUGAGCGAGGAGGAAGCAGCCAAGGGAGAGAAUGGGCCGCCCAAGAAGCGUGGAAGGCCGAAGAAGGAAGACGCCGAGAGGUCCAACCGAGACCAGUUGAUCGCGGUGCAAGCCCAGCUCACCGCUCUCAAGACCGAAGUGAAGGAACUCAAGAGCCAGCUUGGCGAGAUCAAGCAAGUCAUUGUCAACCUGACCACCAAACAGAGCUAA